GCGGGCGGCGACGGCGCCAGCGCCCAGAAGCCGACGCCGAACGGCAAGCCGCCCGCAGGCGCGCCGCCCAGGCCGCCCCCGGGUGGCUUCGGCGUGGGGGAGCGGGUGAGAUACUUCAGCGACCGUCACGGCAAGUGGGUCGACACGUUCGUGCAGAGGGUGAACCGCGACGGCGAGGGCGCGCUCCUGUCCUACGACCUCUCCAUGAAGCCGCAGGCCGAGCCCUCGAAGGUGCGCGCCGCGGCGGCGCCGGACGAGCCGGAGAUCGAGCCGCCGCCCCCCGCGGGGUGCACGCUGGGCUCGAGCCAGGUGGGGCCCAUCGAGGGCAUCCUUGAGAUCACUGUAAGCGCAUGA